UUUGCCCUCACCUAGACAACGAGAGGUGAAGCUUUAGGUGUGGUGACUGCCAACGGCCCUUGAGUGUGGGAAGUCAAGGGGGUGCCAGGGAAAAGAAUGCGAUGCCUCUUUGACUUUGUGACCUUCCUGCAACAUGCAAUAUCCUCAAACAGACUGAAGGCCAUGUGAAAUCCCUGAUAUCCCUCAAUGAGAAUUGGUGUCAGAAAACAAACUGACUAAAUGGUUAAACGGAGAGGGCGCCCCUGCACCGCUACACACACACAACCCAGCUCCCCCUGCUGCGCCACGCUGUGAACGGCGGCAAGCCCCGCCUCCACGUAGCCCAACCGGAAUAUCACAACCACAACACAGUCAGCGAGGACCGCCAGACGAACGCCCAGUGGCUACCAUCACACAAGGAUGCGGCCACGGUUUUAUGAAUUUAAUAUAAGCAGGCUACGCAUCAAGUUUCUCUGCUGAGAAAGGACAGGGAUGAAGAUGUAAGCUCCAUCUAUAGUCACAAAACUAUAAGUAGACAUUGGAUGGAGAUGAGGAGAGGGCUGAUUUCCCGGUUGUUUGACAGCAUAACGAUUAACCGGGGCUGGAGUCAGUGUUGAGGCUUUGAAAGCGGUUCUGGGAAAAUCGUGAAGGUAUUGUCCUCGUUUAAACUCACCCCCUUCGUAUCUCGAAUGAAGUACAGAAAGACCUUCAGCUAGCUUUGUUCGCUCUCAUUUUUUACAGCAGUUUCCUUACUGAAAAUUGUGUCGCCCGAGCGUUUCUAAGCGUGUGUAUUGAGCGAAUAAAUGCCAUAACUCGGCUGCUAACAGGAGCAAAGGAGUUUAUGCAAAAGAUGUCAAAAUAUUUGUAUAAAACUUCUUGAUCCUUUUUGUGUGGUAGUGUUGAGUUCAACGUCUAGGCGUAUAUGUUAAUCAACCACCAAGUCGUAUAUCUAAGGUAAACACAAUAUGGAAUAUCCAUCAUGUUUACUUGCAAUCAUGUAGUCUAGAUACUUGCACUUAAGAAGUUAUGCAUGUAGACAGCGCCAUGUUACAUAAUAACUGUCAGAUCUCCAAUCUUCCCAUUGUUAAACUCUCUUUUGUGAGACGCACAAACUAGACUACAUGUCUUGACUAACAAGCUGUAUCUGAGAGAUACAAAUUUCUCUUUGGCUACUGGCUGUUUUUUGGGAAGCCUACAUCUAUCUUUGCUAUACAAGAGCACGAACUCUUAUAUCAUAGCUCAUCUGUAUUUUUAGCCUUCUAAGUGACUUUUCAGAACAAUGGCCCGGCUCAGGAGGAAAGCGUGUGUGGCUCUGUUCCUCUUCACGCUCUUUGUGUUCGGAACCCUAAUGGGUUUGCGAACCCUGAAGCCCACUGAUGGCUUUUCGGACAUGGCCCCUGGACUGGAUCUCGUGCCAAUGAUCGGGGGGAAGGUGGACCGUCGCUCCGCGUCCAGCGACGCAGUCUCCCCGGGUCAAGCUCGGGUUGGUGCCGGCGACACAAAAGCAGCUCUCUCUAACUCCGGCCAAGACAAAGGUCUUUUUUACGACGUUCAUAUAUUUUAUUACAUGUGGUAUGGGAAUCCACAAAUGGAUGGAAAGUAUUUGCAUUGGGACCAUGUUCUAGUUCCACACUGGGACCCGAAGAUUGCUGCGAGUUAUCCUAAAGGGAGGCACACACCUCCAGAUGACAUCGGCUCAAGCUUUUACCCAGAGCUGGGUCCGUACAGUUCCCGGGACCCGGAGGUGUUGGAGUCUCACAUGGAGCAGAUCGAAGCAGCGGGAGCAGGAGUGGUGGCGGUGUCCUGGUAUCCCCCUGGUCUGUCCGAUGACAACGGCGAACCGACCGAAGACAUUGUGCCGGUCAUCUUGGAGGCAGCACACAGACACGGCCUCAAGGUGGCCUUUCACAUUCAGCCCUACAGAGGGAGGAGUGACCACAGCGUGCAUGAAAACAUCAAAUACAUCAUCGACAGGUAUGGAGACCACGGAGCCUUCUACCGCUUCUCCACCAACACGGGCAAAGUGCUGCCUCUUUUCUACAUCUACGACUCGUACCUGACGCCGCCGGAGGCCUGGUCGGAGCUCCUGAGCUCCACUGGCUCGCACAGCCUGCGUGACACGCCCUACGACGGCGUCUUCGUGGCGCUGAUCGUGGAGGAGCGGCACAAGCACGACAUCCUGGCGUCCGGCUUCGACGGCAUGUACACCUACUUCGCCUCCAACGGCUUCUCCUUCGGCUCCUCGCACCAGAACUGGAAGGCCAUCAAGGCCUUCUGCGACGGCAACAACCUGCUGUUCAUACCUAGCGUAGGCCCCGGCUACAUCGACACCAGCAUCAGGCCCUGGAACAACCACAACACGCGCAACCGCGUCAAUGGCCGCUACUACGAGACGGCCCUGCAGGCGGCGCUCAACGUGAGGCCCGAUGUGGUCAGCAUCACCUCCUUCAACGAGUGGCACGAGGGCACGCAGAUCGAGCGCGCCGCGCCCAAGAAGACGGUGACGCGCCUCUACCUGGACUACCACCCGCAUGGGCCUGAGCUGUACCUGGAGCUGACGCGGCGCUGGGCCGAGCAGUUCAGCAAGGAGAAAGAGCAGUGGCUCAUGUGAGAGCAGGCAAAGGGGGGGGGACU